UUUUGGAGGUUGACCAUUGGAAAGGAGAAGGGUCAUCUAGAAAAUCCUAUUUUCUUGUUUUUAGACAAAGCAAGUGGCAUGCCUUACACCCCAAGCUCACGUGGUUAUGGCCAACUAAGGAUUUUUGAGAAAACACUUAGAGACCAAGUUAUAGCCCGUGUGUUCUGCUCUCCUUUUUCUUCCCCCUGCAGCCGAACAAGAACCAAGCCGACAGCACCCAUCCCUUUGAGAGAAACCAGAAAGCUUCCGGAUCUGCCCUAUUCUGCUUCUUCCGUCCACUGCUCUGCCGUGUGUGGAGGUGUGGAAUUUCCAGUUUUUGCCCGUGAGUCCCCUGCAAAUUGCCGCCGGCCCUCCCCAAGCCACAGCUCCGAUUUUUGCUGGAUUUAUGGUAUGUGACAGCCCCCUUUGAGCCUAAAAUCAUCCAUUAGUUAUUGAAUUUAUCCAUGUAGUGGCUGCCCUUGCAUUGUCCAAAAAUCUGUUGAAAGAAAUGGAGGAAUUUCGGUAGCUUUAAGUGGGUUUUUGUUUAAUGUAAGUGUAAAUUGCUUGAGUUGAUUGCUGUGAGAUUUUUGGAGAAAAUCCCGUGAGAUUAGCCAUUGUUUUGUGAAUUUUGAAAGUGGAGGCACUGUUCACGCGUACCAGUUACUGCUCACGUAGCAAAGUCUGCAAUUUGCUAUUGUUUUCUGCUCCUUUUCAGUCCGUUUUUGCUCUGAAAAAAUCUAAUGAAAUAUCCAUUUUUCU